UUUGGAUCAAAACAAAGGGUGGGUCUUAGAGCAUAGGGCUUUCAAUGAGAUCAACGGAAGGGAAGUGGAAUAUAAAGAUUCAAUCCCCAAUUUUUCGAGAGUCAGCUGGUGGGAAAGGUGGGUGAUUUGAAGAAUGGCGAGGGGACCCGAAAACGGUUGAAGAUAUCAGUUCCUCACUUUGAUAACUCAGACUUGAUCAUGAGUUACUCUAAGACGUUGAUUGGGAGAUGCAUGAAUCCGGAGGAACAAGAUGCUAAAGCUUUGCUGGUGAUGCUCCUGAAGAUAUGGAAGGUGCGGAUGUUCCAGUUUCAUUUUGAGAAGGAUGAGGACAUCGAGACUCUGUUGGAGAUGCAGCCAUUUCAUUUUGAUUACUGGAUGCUCACUUUAGCUCGAUGGCAACCAAGGAUGUCAAGGAGUCUCCCAUCGGAGAUCCCGUUUUGGAUCAAAGUUGAAGGUGUCCCGAUAGAGUUUUGGUCAACUUCAACUUUCCAGAGCAUAGGAGAUGCAAUUGGUGAAACAAGGAAUGUGGACCUGAAUUAUGGAAAUAUGCGGGUGGUGCUUGAUGGCUUCAAAGAGCUAUGCUUCGAUACAACUGUGGAUUUUAAGGGUGGUGAGUUCUAUGAGGAGGAGGAGGCACCAGUUUCUUUGAAAUAUGAGAAGCUUUUUGGGUUUUGCAAGAUAUGUUCCAGUCUUUGCCACGAUGAAGAUCACUGUCCUCUGAGUACAAAAAGUUUCGUGAAGAAAAAGGAGAUCAAGGAGGACUUAGGGAGCAGGAAAGAUGAUUGUGCAAGAAGUUAAAAGGGAGUGGUGAUCAAGGGAGAUGUGAGCCAUCAGGAGAACGUUAAGGAUCCGAGAGGGUAAUACGGGAAAGGAAAAGGUAAAAUGCACGAUGAGCAUGAUACCAAGUGGGUUCAGGUCCCUGAAAGAGGAAACAAGCGAUCUUCCUUUUACCGGAACAACAACAUAGUGGAAGAAGGGAGCUCAAGGUAUAGAAGUUCUCGCUGGGAGCAAACAAGGAAUCAAAGGCAGGAUGAUAGGGACCGAACACAUCGUGGUUUAAAACGUGAGAAGAGUCCUUUGGAUAAGGUACGAGAGGAACCAAAGGAGGAUGGGGAGAUUCAGGAUAUAGUGAGUACCAAGAGGAGUCUUCUGCUGGAGAAGAAGUUAACAUUACCUAACAUCCCACCAGUGACGCAGCAGGACGCUCAUAGUAGCAACAUUAAUGUUGUAGAGGUAAAUGCGAGGUCGGUGGAGAUGGAAAGUGAUUUGAAUAUUGCUUUAGCUGAUGUGAGUAUGAAUAAUGGUUUAGAGGUGGCUCAGGAACCGGUAGAAACUAGGAAGUGUAGUUUGGAUAAUGAGGUAAUGGAGGUAGAUGAAACUGGGAUUAAAUGUUGUGGGCAACAAAGGGUUUGGCUAUGAUGAUGAUGAUCUCCAAAACUUAACUGAUGAGGAGCUUGAGGAAAUGGAUACUUUACCGGAGGGUGCGAUAGUGAGCACGAAGGGCGAAUCUCAAUUAGGGGAAGCUGGAGAUAAGGGAGUAUUAGCUGCUGAUGAGGAGAAGAAGAAAGGCGCUCGUAAGGUUCUGUUCAAACAGACAAUCAGGUCAGCAUGAACUACCAAAAAGAGGUUUGUUCAUGCACUAAUUUCUCCAGAUAAAAAUGCUCCACCUAAGACAGGAAAGCGCUAGGGAGAAGGCGCAAGGCAGACAAAGGAGAAGAGUCCAUCAAACCCAAAAUCCACCUCUUCAAAGCAACCAU